AUGCCAGGAGAUGGAUUCACCAUUAAGAGCCGCAUCAGGAACAUGCUGCGUUCUCCUUCGACCAAGAGCAAGAAGAACAGCAGAGAGAAGCUCAGCAGUAAGGUGACGCUGGAGAAGGUUUUGGGUAUCACCACCUCGGGAAACAGCGCUCUGGCCUGCGACCCCCGAUCUGGACUCGUGGCCUACGCUGCAGGGUGUGUUGUAGUUCUGCUGAACCCCAGAAAGAACAAGCAGCAUCACAUUAUCAACACUUCAAGAAAAACCAUCACAGCUCUGUCCUUCUCCCCCGAUGGGAAGUACCUGGUGACCGGCGAGAGCGGUCACCUUCCAGCGGUGAGACUCUGGGACGUUGCAGAGCGGCGGCAGGUGGCCGAGCUCCAGAAGCACAAAUAUGGCGUCUCCUGCGUGGCCUUCUCCCCCAGCGGCAAAUACAUCGUCAGCGUGGGGAACCAGCACGACAUGCUGGUCAACGUCUGGGCCUGGAAGAAAGACGUCGUCGUGGCGGCCAACAAGGUGUCCAGUAAGGUGACGGGAGUGUCCUUCUCUGAGGACAGCUCUUAUUUUGUAACGGUGGGGAACCGACACGUGAAGUUCUGGUAUCUGGAGCACUGCAAGGCCAACAAGGCCAGCGCUCCGGUUCCUCUGCUGGGCCGCUCGGGGCUCCUCGGGCAGCUGAGGAACAACUUCUUCUGCGACGUGGCCUGCGGACGGGGCUCCAGGUCGGACUCCACCUUCUGCAUAACCUCCUCCGGCCUGCUGUGUGAGUUCAACAGCAAGAGGAUGCUGGACAAGUGGGUGGAUCUGCGGACGGGCGUGGCCCAGUCGCUGUCUCUGUCUGAGGACAUGAUCUUCUGUGGUUGCGCCGACGGCACGGUUCGAGCGUUCAGCCCUGCCGACCUGAACUUCGUCUGCACGCUGCCUCGACCGCACGCCCUCGGCUCUGACGUCUCCGCCGUCACUGAGACCAGCCACCUAUUCAACACCAGGUCAGAUGCCCGUUACCCAGACGCCAUCGCCGUCACCUUCGACCCCGUCGGCCGCCGGCUCAGCUGCGUCUAUAACGACCACAGUCUGUAUGUGUGGGACGUGAGGGAUGUCCAGCGGGUCGGGAAGCUGCACUCUGCCCUCUUUCAUGCUUCCUGUGUCUGGGAUCUGGAGAUGUUUCCAGAUGUUCCUGGAGAGCUGACUGCUGGCCUCACAUCAGGUGUGUUCCUCACCUGUUCAGCCGACAACACCAUAAGACUGUGGCGGACGUCGGACUGGACACAAACGCCGUCUCAGAACAUCCUCAGCAACGAUCUCUUGAACGUAAUCUACGUCGAUGGAAACACCGGCGCCUUGCUGGAUCCAGACAGUACGACAAACGCAGACAAACAAGCUGACGGACAGACAGCAGAAAUCAGAGCUGGCAUCAGAACCAUCUGUGUCAGCCCGGACGGCAAACACCUGGCAUCUGGAGAUCGCAACGGGAUGCUGAGGGUUCACGACCUCAGCAGCAUGGACGAGAUCCUGAAAGUUGAAGCCCAUGAUGCUGAGAUCCUCCGUCUAGAGUACAGCAAACCAGAAACAGGUCUGAAGCUGCUGGCCACAGCGAGCAGAGACCGUCUGAUCCACGUCUUGGAUGCGGACGACAACUACAGUCUGGUGCAGACGCUCGACGAACACUCUUCAUCCAUAACAGCCGUCCGCUUUGCUGCCAACGACAACAAGGUGAGGAUGAUCAGCUGUGGAGCCGACAAAAGCAUCUACUUCCACACUGCACACAAGACUGACAGAGGAACAGAGUUCAGGCGUUCUCACCACCUGGUGAGGAAGACGACGCUUUAUGACAUGUGUGUCGACGCCACCUGCAAGUACGCUGCUGUUGGCUGUCAGGACCGAUGCAUCAGGAUUUUCAACAUCAGCAGCGGCAAACAGAAAAAAAUCUACAAAGGAUCUCUGAGUGAGGACGGGAGUCUGCUCAGGGUUCAGAUCGAUCCUUCGGGUCAAUACGUGGCCACCAGCUGCUCUGAUAAAAACAUCAGCAUCUUUGACUUCUACACGGGGGAGUGCGUCGCCACCAUGUUCGGACACUCCGAAAUCGUCACUGGGAUGAAGUUUACCAACGACUGCAAGCAUCUGAUUACGGUUUCAGGCGACAGCUGUAUCUUCGUGUGGCGACUGGCUCCAGAGCUGACAAUCAGCAUGAGAGAGAGGCUCUUCCAGCUGCAACAAAACCCGAACGCUCCCCCCUGCAGGAGCGCCAAUUCUGCCGAUGUGGAGUCUCUGAGUCCGGACAGCUCUGAUGAGGAGCAUCCGGAGAAGGAGGAGGAGGAGGAGGAAGACGAGGAAGAGAGGCGAACGUCGGGACUGACGAGCAUGGAGGAAGCUCUGAGGACGGUGAGCGACGGCGUUUACCACAGUCAGGAGGACUUCCUCAGGCAGAACUUUGAGACGCUGGCAGAAAGCUGCAGCACAGGAGGCUCAGAUGAAGGACAGGACUGGGAGCCGACAAAGCCUGGAGCCGGCAGCCAGGUCGUCCCCGAGCCCUCCAAGCGUCCUCGGAGGCGUUGGUCUCAUCGUAUGGGCUCCCUGGAGCUGAUGGUUAAAUCCAUGCUGGACCUCAGGCAGCUGGACACCUUCGCUCACAAGAAAAGCCCGAGCUGCCCCUCGCAUGACAGAGAGAGAAUGAACACGUCCAACGUCCAGGAGCCCACGGCAGAAAAUAUCAUCAUCGAGCUGAGCAGCGUCCCGAGGCUCAGCAUGUCUUCACGCUUCCUGGCCAGAGGACAUAAUAACAGCACGAAGUCGCUGUUUGCCAAAGUGAAUGAAAAAGAGCAAAACAGUCUCUCUGCGAAACCUCCGGUGUCGAAAGUACGACCUUUAAUGGAAGCUGGCGAGAGCAGAAGCACAGAAGAUAAGAAUCCAGUGUCUCCUGGAAGGACCGACAGCCCGAAGGCUCCGGACAGAGACUGUUCCCCGACGGUGAGACCGCUGAAGAAGAAGACGUCGGGUUCCCACCUCUGGAGGUUGUCCAACCCUGUGUCCAGAUCCUUGCUGCUGGACAGAACGUCGGGUCUGCAGAAAUCCCACUCGGCCCAGAACCUGUCCACAGACUCUCCUCGCUCCCCGGUGCCCUCUGCUGACCGGAGGGAGCUUCGCAGGAGACCUCAGCAGCUUCUCAUGGACCAAGGACCUUCCUUCCACUUGUCCUCGCCCUCCUCCGGGUCUCCACAGUCCCCCCAGUCCCCGCUGCCCUGGGACAGCCCCAAACUGAAGCCCCAGCACUCCUACAUGAACCCCACGGCCAGCUCCAUGGCCAAAAGCAGCCGGUCCUCCUCCCUGGGUGACGGCAUUCAGAUGGGAACUCCCCCUUCCUCCCCCAGCCUCUCUAAAGCCUGCAGGCUGCCUGAGGAACCUCCUCUGCUCACCUCCUCUCCAUCCACCGCUUUCCCACCUUCUGUCUCGUCGGCAGCGUCACUCUUAUCUUCAGUCAGUCCUUCCCCAUCUCCUCCUCCUCCUCAUCCCACAGCUACAAUUUCACCUCUCGCCCAGAGCAUCCCUCCCUCUCGCAUCCCGCUGCCGAAGCAGCCGCUCGGCCCUCGACGCAGCCUCUGUUUGGAGGUGAAGCCAAGCUUGUCCGAAGGCGCCACGAGGGCUUCGACUCCUACAGCAGAUCCUGGAUGUGAAGUUACACCUACAGCAGGACUCAAACAAGCACGAGGCAGGAAUCUGUCUCUGACUCUGGAUCUGCCAAGUUUUCUGCCGGUGAAGCAGAAAAGAGACUCGAUUACUGAGAGUGUCGUCGCUCCAGGUCAGGUGGCUGCAGCUAAAGAGCGCCCUCUGGUGCCUGAGCAGCCCCAAACGUCGAGCCUCCAGCCAGAUCACUCAGUCACCUUGGAAACCUGCAGACAGGCCAUUACAGAGCUUCACAGCAGCCUGAGGAGAACCGUCGACCUCUACACGACGGUGCUUGAGAGCAGCCAGCAGCCCAGCGAGGACCAGGAGCAGAUGAUGAGCAUCCUGUCUGAAGCCUUGUUCACCGUUAAGUCUGAGCUGGACUCGGUUCCUCAGCCGGCCCCGCAGCGCAACGGACCCGAAGACCAGAACCAGGAGGCGAAAGGCGACGGAGACAAGACCCUGGCUCUGCUGGAGCAGUACGCCGAGCUGCUGCUCAGAUCUGUGGAGAGGAAGCUGGACACCAAGAGCUGACGGGACGGACGAGCUCAGCAGCACUGUGGUUCACACGCUUGUUAUUUGCACAGAGAUCUUUAUGUAUCGGCUGAAAUCAGACGUGGUUAUGUUUGUAGAAG